AUGUCCUCACAUGAACAGGUGAUUAAGCAAGUAGAAAAUGCAUUGACGACAAUGUAUUCCAAUGCACCACGAGAAGAGAAAGCUAACGCCACCCAUUUCUUGGAGAAUUUUCAAAAAUCUAGCGAUGCAUGGCAAAUCACUCAUGAGAUUUUGAGUGAUAAAAACAAUGGGUCAAAUGUUCAGUUGAAACUAUUUGCGGCUCAGACAUUGAGAUCGAAAAUCAUCUACGACUUAUCAUCACAAAUACAGUUGGAGAAUUAUCAAGCGUUGAAAGAGUCAGUAUUGAGCUUGAUCAAGUUAUAUAGCGGAAGAAAUGAAAAAUUGAUUCGUACCCAGUUAUCCAUCGCUUUAUCGCAACUUGCAUUACAAUACUUGUCCUGGAAUAACGCAAUGGGCGAAAUAGUGGCAAACUUGACUCAGUCAAGUGAUUUAACUUUGGUUCUUUUAGAAUUUUUGAAAGUUUUGCCGGAGGAGUUAUCGGAUGUAAAGAAGUCUCAUUUGAGCGACGAAGAAUAUAACAUAAGAUCACAAGAGUUGAUCACAGACCAGGUAGAAGCUGUUAUAUUGACGUUGAAAAACCUCGCUGAAAAUAAUUCUAGCAAUGAUCCCACUCUAAACGCAGCAAUAUUGGAUGCUUUAAACAGUUGGAUUACUGAAUGUCCUAUUGACAAGAUCUUGUCCGUGCAUCCUUUGACGUCUUUGGUAUUUCAAAGCUUGUCCAAUGACACAACGUUUGACAAAGCGAUUGAGUGUUUAGUCACCAUUAUUCGAGAAACACGUGAUAUCGACAACCAUGAAAUAAUAGAUGCAUUGUAUCAACAAAUUUUGCAGCUAAACAAGUUUAUGCAUGACAACCCCGAUAAUUUAGAGGAUCCAGAAAAAGUUGAUGGAUUGACUAGAUUGUAUGUCGAAUGCGGAGAGUCUUGGAAUGCAUUAAUUGCUAGGAACCCACAACAUUUCAAAGCUUUGGUUGAGAUUCUAUUAAACUGCUGUAAAUAUGACGAUGAUUUAGAUAUUGUCAAGUACACUUUUCAAUUCUGGUAUUUGUUGAAGCAGUUGAUUAUUUUGCCAAAAUUUACGGAAGCCCGUCGCAUUUUAGGAGAUUGCUAUCUCCAACUAAUAUCAGUUAUCAUCAAACAUUUGACAUAUCCAAUAACGGCCAACGACAAUGAUCUUUUCAACGGGGAUAAAGAACAGGAGGAUAAGUUUAAAGAGUUUCGAUAUGAAAUGGGUGAUGUUUUGAAAGAUUGUUGUGCUGUCGUUGGCGCUUCAAAAGCGUUGCAGAUCCCAUUUGCCCAAAUACAAACAAUCUUGUCCGAUGCACAAGGCCAUUGGCAGUAUCUUGAAGCUCCAUUGUUUUCCAUGAGAACAAUGGCCAAAGAAGUGCCCACUAAGGAAAAGACUAUCCUACCAACAAUCAUGUCACUUUUGGUACAGUUGCCUGAACAUCCUAAGAUAAGAUAUGCCGCUACAUUGGUUUUGGGAAGGUAUACGCAAUGGACGGCAAAAAACUCCGAGUUUUUAGAGCCCCAAUUGAACUAUAUUACCAAAGGAUUCGAAGUGGCAAACAAUAAUGAAAUAUUUAUGGCCACUUCUCACGCCCUUAUGUAUUUCUGCCAGGAUUGUUCCGAAUUGUUAGUGAACUAUCUAGAGCAGUUGUACUUGUUGUAUGGACAAGUAAAGGACAAGAUUGAUCUUGAAUCGAAUUACGAGUUGACCGAUGGUAUUGCUCAUGUUGUCGCCAAGGUACCUGAAGACAAUUUGUACAAGAUUUCCGACAUGUUUUUGGAGCCAUCUUUGCAAAAAGUUUCCGAGUUGAAUUCGUUGAAUAAUAACUCUGACGAGACCAAUACUCAAAUCGCCGACCAGUUGGAGAUUGUCAUCAUUUUUCUUCAGGUGUUGAAAGUGGACGAAUUCGAAAAGCCGACUCAUCCAGUUGCUUCGUUGUUUAUUGAAAAGAUCUGGCCAUUGACUACAUCCGUGUUACAAAAACGAGGACCUGUUUUCAAGGUUAGUGAAAAAUGCAUGAAGUUGGUUAAAGUUGCAAUCGAGUCAUUCAGCUCGUACCUUAAUUCGAUAUUACCGCAAAUUGCUGAGAUUCUACACCAAGGAUAUAGGCAAACUCAAUUUGGCUGUUAUCUUUGGGUUUCAGGCGUUGUAAUCAGAGUGUUUGGAGACGACGAAUACUCAUCACAAGAAAUAACGGCGGCUGCUUACAAUUUCGGUCUUGAGCAAUGUCAAUCCUUCUUUGAGCAGUUUUCCAACAAAGAUGAGAGCCAAAUCAAACUAAUCCCUGAUGUUAUUGAGGACUUUUUCCGUAUGUUGAAUGACUUGUUGAUGUUUUUCCCCUUCAAGUUGAUUCCUACUUUAGAUUUGCUUGAUUCGAUUAUCAAAACUGCAAAGGUCACCUUGAGCGUGGUUAACGAGUACAAUCCAAUCAUAUCUUGUGUUCAUUUCCUUAUUGAUUUGAUAUCUUGGGGAUUGCCACAUCCACCUAUUUCCUUAUUUGAAAGCAAAGAUACUACACCGUUGAGAGAGUGUAUCAAACAGUUCCUAACACUUAAUAAUCACGGAGGCGAGUUGUUGAAAGUUGUUCUUGACGGACUCAUAUUCAAGUUUCAUAAUGAUGUACAACAAGAUGCUAGUGACUUGCUAUUAAAGAUAUUGGUGGUUACUCCAUCGAUAGAUUUGGCAAUCAAUUGGUUACGUGACGUUGUAACAAGUUUACCUAAUGUGCAAAGCAAUGAAGUUGAUCGUUUGAUAGAGACGGUAUCGGUGGCUAUACCAAACAAGGAUAAUAGAAGGGUGCGUAGUGCAUUAAGGGAUUUCAUUGGUUGGUAUUCAAGAAAGAAUGUAACUCCUCGGACUGAGGUAUAA